CAUGAAAACCACCAGCCUCUUGUCAUCUCGCAUGUGCCACGCGUACGCGAGGAACGGAAGGCGGCGCAGCUCGCGACCCGACAACCCACGUCGCGCGGCUUCGCAAGCGACGUUCCACAGGCGCAGGCUGGUCUUCAGCGGCUCCAUGACUGUAAAACGCACUGCCUCCAGGUCAGCAACCUGGCACCGAUAAGUAAGAAGCUUGGAGCCGGUCCUACAGGUAAAAGUGGGGCCGGUUCUUAUGGAAAAAGUGGAGCUGGAGGUUUCGGCAAAAGCAGUUCCAGCGGAUUUGGCAAGUCUCCAGUCAGUAGCAAAUCAUCUAGUUCAACACCAAAACUUCCAAGUGGACUUGGUUCUGGUUCUAGUGGAAAGUCAUCCGGUUUUGGAGCCAGCUCAUCGAAAAACUACGGCUUGUCAUCGUUUAGUUCACCCAAAAGUAAAAGUAAUAAAACUGGCUUUGGAAUAAUAUGGAUACCUACUAGAAAAAAUAAGAAAAAAGAUGUCGUUUACAGUGGAACCAAUGACACAUACCCGAAAGGAAAAUACGAAAGAUCGCCAUCAAUGUAUAGAUAUAUGUCUGGAGAUUCACCUGAUUUCCAACCACACAAGAAGAAAGAAGAGGAGACAGAUUUACUAAUGCCAGAUCGGACUAAAGUACCUAUUGCAAGUAUAGCAGCAGCUGGAACAGCAGUGGGUGCUUCUGACGUACCAUCUGACAGUACAGGGAAUGCUGAAGAAAAACAGGAGUUUAUAAGACAUGACAGCAAAGAAGAUGGUAAGGAAGGGGCUGGAGACACAAACAACAAAGAGUUCAAGAGCGACAUAAAGGAUGACUAUCUUGACAAUGAAAAAGUAGCAAACAAAUCUGAAAAGCCAGAUAAAGAUGCUGAGAAAUUUGGAGAUAAGGUUGACAGUGUGUAUUUAAGACCUCCGCCUCCGCACAAAGCCAGGUCAACUGCAUCCACGGUUGAGGAAGAAGAUUGCGGCAUCAAGUGUCUGUACUACACAAUCCAGUGUUGUGACUGUGUCCUCAUGUAAGGUACAUCUAGGUUAAAACUAUGCUCAUGUAGAAUAUAAAACUAUUUUUUUAAAACCACAUAUCUCAUGUGAUCUAUAAUAUUAAUCAAUUUUUUCAACACAUUGUGAAACAUGUAUUUUAUUUCACAGUGUUGACAGUAAAUUUUCUAUUUGCAUAUAGAAUGUAUUUUGCUAAAAAUGGUAUUGAAACUAGCAUCUAAAUUUUUAUUUAUAGUGUAGAUUAUUUUGUGAGGAACCAUGACUGUUUUUGUAACAUGAAAUUAUAUGAAGUGACUCAAUGCUAUAAAUACUGAAAUAACCUGCCAAGAUUUAACUUAGUCAAAAAAAAAUGUCCAUUCCAACCUGUUCCAAGUAUGUGAUAAGUAACAAAUAUAUUUUUGUAUUAUUAGUUCUAUAAAUUAACUACAAUAAGACCUUCAUACAUAGCAAUGAAAAAAAUACGAUACAUUUAGAAAUAUAAUUUAAAGUUUACAAUGAAUAGCACAAAGACUGUAUAUUCAAUCUACCUUUGGAUAACAUAAAGGUUGUGUAAUAGUGAAGUAAAAUUUAAUGAUUUUAGGUUUACUUUUAAAACCAUAAGGUAAAUGUGUGAAUUAUGCACUCAUUUAUAUAAUAAAUAAACAACACAAAUUUAUCCAACAGACCUUGUUAUAAAAUGGCUAGUCUGCAAGUUGAAUCUCUUCACAUUUGAACGUGUUGUUAGGAACUUUUUAUUUUUCAUAAUAUAACUGUGCCAAUCUCUUUUUACGGAAUAAUCUUCUUAACGCUCGAUUUGUAUGAUCUAUGCUAUCCAGAAAUUGAAGGGAAAAGGAACUUCUUCCAUAUUUAAUAUAAGAUAAAAUAUGUCAUAUUAUUAAAACUCCAUGUAUGGAGGAAUAUUUAGUGAAUAUUUAAUUUGAAGGCAAUAUUCCUACAUAUGCAAUUAACUUGUUACAUGUAUCAAGUUUUAGCUCUAGCAUUUGCCUUAGUAGUGGGUACCACUAGACUAGCUCCUAAUUAGGGCACAAGUAUUGUACACUUGUUGUAAGAGCCACAAUGCCACUAUUUUUAGUUCUUUCUUAUUAUGAAUUUACCAAGUGUAUCAUUUAUAGCUUUAUUUUUGACUUUAUAUUUUGUCAACUAUUACAAGGGGAACAGACUCCGUCCAGAAGGGGAGCCUGUACUUGGUGUAGUAAUAGACUGUAGAUUUUUAAAAUAUGUAUUUAUAUGAAGUGUACACAUUUGUACAACCAAUAAAAAUUAACUUGAAACCUAA